AUGAAGUAUCUGCUGGUUUUCUGCGCGAUAAUUAUACAGACUAUCGCAUAUAGUCGUGCAGCAAUAUGUGAUUUCAAUGAUCCGGACAGUACAUUGAGAUACUAUCCUCUUAUCACCUGUUCAACGGAUGUCAAUCACUUCGCUUACAGGCCUAUUAUAUGUCCACGAGAAGUCAAUGGUAUAGAAUAUGUUUUGCACCCUCAACCGACGCCGGAUGAGCAUGCUCACCUCACCACUUACGUAAGUCGCAAUGGUGCACUGCGCUCUGUUCCGCUUUACGAAGUCGUGCGCUCUGAAGCCGAGAAUGCACUCUUCAGGAUAGAAUCGUUCCCGUCGCAAACGGAAUUGCACUUUGACAUGUCAGAUGGACAAAUGUUUGUUGUCACCGAUGAUCGGCUGGUAUUCAUCUGUGGUCCACGAGACCUAGUUAUGAGUGAUACGCUUAAAGAAGAGCUUGACCUCCUCAAUGUAACUCGCCAAAAAAAGGCAUUUGCGUGGAAUCACGGCGAUACGUUGACAGAUGAAAUAGGAAAACUAGGAAGCGGAUUGGGAGUGGCGUACGUGUACAGAAGUCUCUCCCAUAUCCCUCUUCAAGGUUGUGGGAGCCGUCCUUCACCUCUUUUUGCACCGGAUAACGUGGUUAGUGAGGAUGGGUUUACUGGCACGCGAUCAUGCGUGGCGGAUUAUAUGUCAAACGUGCGUAUUGGAUUCGUUUGCGAAGGCCGUAUCGAACCUAGUGAUUGUUUUAAGUCACUGUUGGAUGAAAAUGGCAAACGAAUGGAAAUUGCUACUCAAUUACAUAUGUAUCAACACUUUGAUGUUAAUAAACCAUGGGUUAUUGCGCAAUAUUUCGAUGGCUUAGCGUUACCCUCAUUCAACGGCGAAUGCAGGUGCAUAGAUCCUGAGACAGGUCACGUGAAGGCAAGGAUAGAGAUCCGUUCGAAAAAAGAAUACGUGUGUGACAUAACCAGCAAGGUCUUCCGCAACCAUACGGAGGUAAUCCGUGGUCCGUGGUGUUCUGUUCUACUUCAUCCCGGCAGCACACUGACCAUACGGUUCCCAAUUGAACAUGUAGGUGAUUCUAAACCUGUUACGGCCUUGCGGAAUCCACCGAGGUAUUUGUUCAAAACUGAAUUCCGACCACAGAACUUGGAUUUUCUGCAACAAAAUAUAAACACAUAUCAGGCUUCUAUUUACAACGUGGUAUCGUAUUCAGGAGCCCUGGCUGGCGAUGCUCUUGAACUGGAUAUUUCACAGAUACCCCAGGGAGUAGUAACGCUAAAGUACCACGCAGACAAACCACUCACCUUAAAAAGAAGGGUGAACUCAUUUUUGUUUCACUGGUUAUUGAAACCUACAGAGAAUUAUAACUUAGGUCCGAUACGCGCGAUCAUCAAUGUCUCUUUCGCUUUUACCCAUGACUAUCGUAUCGUUGGUUGCGACCGAGCGGUGACCAGUUUGUUUGAUCCUCAUAUCAGCCUCAAAUAUUGCUCAGUGGAAUAUAUGGGGAAUGGUAUUGGGGAAGUCUACCAAUGCACUUAUAAUUCUGAAUCUAGCUAUUGGGAAGCUGGGAUCCGAUGCCAGCCCGACGAAGAGCUUUUGCCCGGUAAUUGCGCAUCCGAAUUAUAUGAUCUCCAUUCCAAUGAAGUUUCGCCAUUACCUGAUUCUGUGCAACUUUCUAACAAUUUUACUACUAAAGGAUUUCAGGUGUUCGCGCUGGAUUUAGACAAAGAAGCCGUGAGCUAUGCCUGCAUAUGUGUCGACCGUCGUGGGUACGAAAAGAGCAGGCUUACUUUGGAAUCGCACUAUGAUGAUUAUCAUUAUUAUAGGGUACGUCAUAUGAGACAACGUAACAUGGUGCUUCCUUAUAUGUUGCUGCCUUGGCGGGAGGUAGGAUUAUCGAGUGAGGGAUUCACCUCACGAGAUCGACUUAUGCUAUACGACGUAACACCGAGUUCCAUUACAGUAUAUGCAGGAGCAUCUUUGCGCUUGUAUUGUACUGGUAAUGAUGAAAUACUCAUACACGACGAAUACGUAGGGAAUUAUAGUGAUGUGCAAACGUCUUGGCUACCAAAGCAAUCUAAGUUUUUUCACUACAUCAUCAGGAAUACGCCACAAGGAAACGAGCUCGUUAGCGUACCACAUAGCGAUUUCAUUGGUAGCAAUCCGGGGGACUUUAAAGUCGCAUUGGAGGCGUCCACUGAAGAUAUCAAUGAAUUGAAGAUUGAAUUGCGUAAAGGCGCAGUAUUGGUAUCCAAAAAUGUAGCAUACAAAAAAUACGUGCCAAUAACAUUCGUAUGCGGUAAGACACCCGAACAAUCUGAGGUUACUGAAAUUGCUAGUAGUGCGAUCAGUUCAGACGGCUCUCUCCAACCCAUGAACAAUUUAAUGGGACUGUCGAUUGGAUACACUUGGCACAUUGUCCAAGUUGUAGUGGAGACCACUGACCCGUACAUGCAAGGCUGCGGCGUCACAUAUGCGUCAGAUGAGUUGUUCAAGCCCGAGACACCUAAACUCUACGAUGCGAAUGGACGACAAAUCGGUUGCAAGAUUGACAUUCAAUCUGCUAAAGAAGCGGCAUUCUACUGCCCAGCGCCUUACGUUCUCGACCCACCUGACUGCUUCAACCAAUUUUACGUCGACGGGGAGGUAAAAAACCGAAGCGACAUCAGCAAGUUGUUGGCAUCAUUUCGCACCAAUCAUUUUGUCACACUGAAGUUCGGCAAUUAUGGUACAGGGCGCGAGGAAACACUGCGCCAGACCCCGCCGUUGGAGUGCCACUGCGUCACUGUCAAAGGUGCCACCCUCUCUACCAUCCAGAUCGAGAACUACUACACCAAGUAA